GCCCCGCGCUCGCCGCUCCGCCCGCCGCCGCCGCCGCCGCCGCCGCCGCCCGCCCCGCGCGCUCGCCCGAAGCAUGGAGCUGCUGUGCUGCGAGGGCACCCGGCACGCGCCCCGGGCCGGGCCGGACCCGCGGCUGCUGGGGGACCAGCGCGUCCUGCAGAGCUUGCUCCGCCUGGAGGAGCGCUAUGUGCCCAGCGCCUCCUACUUCCAGUGCGUGCAGAAGGAGAUCAAGCCGCACAUGCGGAAGAUGCUGGCGUACUGGAUGCUCGAGGUGUGCGAGGAGCAGCGCUGCGAGGAGGAAGUCUUCCCCCUGGCCAUGAACUACCUGGAUCGCUACCUGUCGUGCGUGCCCACCCGCAAGGCGCAGCUGCAGCUGCUGGGUUCCGUGUGCAUGCUGCUGGCCUCCAAGCUGCGCGAGACCAAGCCCCUGACCAUCGAGAAACUGUGCAUCUACACCGACCACGCCGUGUCUCCGCACCAGAUGCGGGACUGGGAGGUGCUGGUUCUGGGGAAACUCAAGUGGGACCUGGCUGCAGUGAUUGCCCAGGACUUCUUGGCUCUGAUUCUGCACCGCCUCUCGCUGCCCCGAGACCGCCAGGCCCUGGUCAGGAAGCAUGCCCAGACCUUCCUGGCCCUCUGCGCUACAGAUUACACCUUUGCCAUGUACCCACCUUCCAUGAUCGCCACGGGCAGCAUCGGCGCUGCGGUGCAGGGCCUGGGGGCCUGCUCCACCUCGGGCGAUGAGCUCACGGAGCUGCUGGCGGGCAUCACUGGCACGGAAGUGGACUGCCUGCGGGCCUGUCAGGAGCAGAUAGAAGCAGCCCUCAGGGAGAGCCUCCGGGACGCGGCCCAGACGUCCGGCAGCCCAGCGCCCAAAGCACCCCGGGGCUCCAGCAGCCAGGGGCCCUCCCAGACCAGCACUCCCACAGACGUCACCGCCAUCCACCUGUAGCCACUGCCGUCCGUGCCCCACCGCGCAGGAACGGACCACACCAGCAGCCCGACGGGGUUCCUUCCUGCCCCCCAUCGCCCAGCCCGAGGGGGUGGGGGCCACCUUCUCCCUGCAGUGCACUAAGGGGCCCGGCUGGCUCCUCCCCCUCCACCCCUGCCUCUGACCAGCCCAGCCCCUUCCCCCACUUUAGUUGGCCAUGGGGUUGGGCUGGUCAGACCGUUUCAGACUUUUUGCAAAAUAUGCACCAGCAUAACUUUCUGGGGUUCCCUUGUUGUUACGGGGGUUGGGGGUGGGGGGGUGAUGUCUCAUGUUCUCGACUGCCAAAUUGCCCUCUGUGCCUUCUGGACGCCUCACCCCCUCUUGCCAUCACAUUUGGAUUGGGGUCUCCCUGCACAAGCUCCUGCCGUUCUGAGGUGUGGGGAGCAGUGUCUCGACGGCGGCCUCCCCCACCCCGCACCUGGGGAGCCCUGAAACAAUCCAGGCAGAGGGGCCCACACCACCAGUUCCUCGCGCUUUGCUUUCAGGCAGCUGCCUGUGAGGGGGGGCGCUGAAGACGAGGUAGCUUUAAUUUAUUGCUUGGGUGCGAGGCAGCAGCGGGCACAGCGGGCACCUGAGCACUGGCUGCCUCCCCCUUGGCCACUGGCCAGGGGACCUUUGUGGCCCAGGAGCUGCUACACCUGGGGUGGGGCCGCCUCUCCCCUCUGCCCCAUCCUUUGGGGGAGGAGGUGACGGAGCCCCUGUCUGGAGAGGGGCGAGCCCUGAUCAUACAGGUCUUCCCUACGGUCACAAGGUCCAGGCUGGUGGCCCGGGACCAUCAAGCUACCUUAAUAAAGAUUCUGGAAUAAAGGGCUUAGCUUU